UUAUGUGGGCGCCAUUGAACUGAACAGGGUGGAUUUAUACAUUACAUUUCUCAUAAAUAACAAUAAUACUUUACAGUUUGCCUUUCUGCCUGUUUUUAUUAAGUGUGGGAGUGUUUUUUACUCUAAGGCACAUUAUGCGUUCCAAAAAACAGUUUUUUUAUUUGCCGGUUGGUGUUCUCAGUCUGUUGCUGCUUGCUGAAUGUAACCGUGAAAUCAGGCUGGGCGGUAAAGGGUUGUCGCGAUGCUCCGGCAGACUGGAGGUCUUCCACGCUGGCACUUGGGGGUCUGUGUGCGACGACCUCUGGAGCCAUACAAACACUGACGUGGUGUGCCAAGAGCUAGGGUGUGGCUCCGCCUUGGCGUCCAAAAAGAGUGCCUAUUUUGGAGAGGGAACUGGCCAGGUCUGGAUGGAUGAUGUGGAGUGCACCGGGAAGGAGGUGUCCAUCCUCAAGUGCUCCCAUAGGAUCUUUGGGGAGAACAACUGUGGUCACAGUGAAGAUGUUGGUGUGGUUUGCUCAGAACAUGUGAAAGUUAGCAAAGGAAGCAAUCGGUGUAACGGCCAACUGGAAAUCUACGUGGACAGCCACUGGAGAAAGGUGUGCAGCACGGACUGGGGCCAGGAAGAAGCCGAGGUGAUCUGUCGGGAGAUCCGCUGCGGAAAGCCUCUCCCUUCUAAAGAAAUUCCGGAUUUUGGAAUAGUGCAUGAAGCCUCUGGGAUCCAAACCAAAUGCUUGGGGAACGAGAGCUCCAUCGCUGAGUGCUCGCAUCAACCGCUGCAGAAGGACUGCACAGUCGCCAGUGUGCAUUGCUCCAACGCCCUACCCCUUCGAUUGGUCAAUGGGACCAACCGGUGCUCCGGCCGAGUGGAGCUCUUCUACGAGGACCAAUGGGGGACGGUGUGUGAUGACAACUGGGGGAUGCAGGAGGCAGCUGUCACAUGCCGUGAGAUGAAGUGCGGCGCUCCGCUGGUCGCCACGGAAAACGCCUUAUUUGGUGUCGGCAACGAUCAGACGUGGCUGGACGACUUGGAGUGUACUGGAAAAGAGGAGUUCCUGGUUAACUGCCCGCACAAAGGAUUUGGGCAGCAUGACUGCAACCACAAUGAGGACGCCGGUGUGAUAUGUUCAGAAACACUCAGAUUGACCAACGGAACCACGCACUGCUCAGGCCGACUGGAGGUCUUUCACCACGGCAACUGGGGAAAAAUGUGCAAUCACAACUGGGGCGCGAAAGAGGCCACAAUGGUGUGCACGGAACUCAACUGCGGAACUCUUUCCAAAACCACCGAAUAUUUUGGCGAAAGUGAUCUCAGAGCAUUCAGGGGGGCCUGUCCAAGAGAUGCCACCUCCUUCUCCCAGUGUUCCAUUGAGGAAACCUCCGACGUGUGCAGAGGGGUGUCAUUUUCAUGCGCAGGUAGUCCAUCCCUAAAGCUCGUCAACGGCACAGACCGAUGCUCUGGCAGGGUGGAGGUCUACCACAACAGCCAGUGGGGGACGGUGUGUGACGAUUUCUGGGACAUAAAGGACGCGCAGGUGGUGUGCCGUGCCAUGGACUGCGGGACAGCCAUGAUGGCCAAACCCGGUGGCUUCUUCGGCGAAGGCAAAGGAGAGAUCUGGCUGGAUGACAUGGAAUGUGUGGGGAACGAGUCGUCCCUUGCCCACUGCACGCAUUCCACAUUUGGAGAUAAUAACUGUGGUCAUAGCGAAGACGCCGGUGUGGUGUGUUCAGCCACCAUCCGACUGAUAAACGGCACCGACCAGUGUUCGGGGCGGGUGGAGGUGUCCCACAGUGAAGCCAGUUGGUCGUCUGUCUUUAACGUUAAGUGGGGGAUGAACGAAGCGGCGGUGGUGUGCAGAGAGAUGAACUGCGGCGAUCCCGUGAAGACUUCGGCAUCAUUCGGCAGCAGCGGCGACUCGCGGGGAUACAAGGUCAGCUGCGGUGGCAGGGAGCGUUCUCUCACGCAGUGCACACUGACGGAAUAUGUCCGAAGCAGCCACGAUCUCUUCGAGGAGGUCUCUGUCGUUUGCUCAGGGAACGUGAGGUUGGCCGGUGGACACAACCGUUGCGUCGGGAGAGUGGAGUUCUACGAAAAAGGCCAGUGGGGCAACGUGUGUGGUGAACUGUGGGACGUCCAGGACGCGCAGGUGGUGUGCAAACAGCUGGACUGCGGCAGAGCUCACCAAAUUACCACCAUGGCGGAGUACGGCCGGGGCUCGGGACAUACCUGGAUCGAACAGAUCGAGUGCAACGGCAUUGAGUCUACGUUGGCCGACUGCCGCCAAACUCCAUUCCUGGACAGAAGCUGUAACGCCUCGUCCAUCGCUGGCGUUGUCUGCUCAGACAGUUUGGGGGUCCGCUUGGUGAACAGCGAAGUCGGGUGCACGGGCAGAGUGGAGGUCCAGCAAGGCGAGGUUUGGCACUCGGUUUGCGACGCCAACUGGAAUAUGAGCAAAGCCCAAGCGGUGUGCGAACAUCUACACUGCGGCUUUGCUACAAGCGCUCCCGGCGGGGCGCAUUACGGCCAGAGCAGCGGGCCCGUGAUGGAGGCGAGCGACUCGUGUUUCUCCAACGCCACCACUCUUCAGCAGUGCUCGCGAGGGGGCUUCACCGAGUCGACGUGCGGACACGAGCAUGAUGCUGGUCUUUCUUGUGCAGCAAAGGUGAGGUUGGUCGGCGGCUGGAGUGGAUGUUCCGGCCGGGUGGAGGUCUUCUAUCAGGGCCAGUGGGGAACCGUGUGCGACGACCAGUGGGAUAUGGUCAGUGGCGAUGUGGUGUGCAGACAGCUGGGCUGCGGUCACGCCGUAUCCGCCCCCAUCAGUGCCCACUUUGGGAGAGGCAGCGGCCCGAUAUGGCUGGAUAACGUUGAGUGCAGCGGCGACGAGGCAGCCAUCACGCAUUGCAAUCAUCAGGGAUUCGGGGAAAAUAACUGUGGACACAGCGAGGACGCCGGUGUUAUCUGCUUGGGUUCUCUGGAGAAGCCUCAGGUCACAGUGAGUCCAUCAGUGGAGGUCAACUGGGGCGACAAUGUGGAGUUCACCUGCAGUGUCCUGACCGAGCACAUGGGCGGCACCUUUCUCCUGAAGAAGACCCAAGGAUCGUUUAAUAUCCAGAAGUAUUCAGAGAACGAAGCGGCCACUUUCACGAUCCCCAAAGUGAACUUCAGCCACCAGGGGUCGUACUUCUGUGAAUAUCAAAAGAAGCUGUCCAAUAACGUCAUCUACUAUCCUCAAGGGAAUCCAUUGGAGCUCAGCGUAAAAGUGUCGCUGGAGAAACCGUUCAUCUCCAUGACCACCUUCCAGGUAAUGGUGGUCUACAGCCCGCAAGAGGUGUCGGUCACCCGAGGCAGCAGCUUCUCCAUCACAUGCUCGGUCCACUCCUUGUAUUCUAAAGGCCUUGUCUACCUGAAGAACACAAACACAAACAGCUCAAUAGCAAAGCCGUUGUUUGGACACUCUGUCUUCUACCUGGCCUACUUCGAUUUCCCCGAGAUAGAGGAAAAACACCAAGGUGCGUACGUCUGCAUCUACUCCGUCAACAUCACCUCCAAGACUUUUUGGUCCGCUCCCUCCAAGUCGCUCUAUGUCACUGUCGUCGCAACAUCGUCUUCGUCGGUGGUCUCAGGACUUGUGAGCGGGUUGGUGCUACUGCUGCUGCUUCUCAUUGUGGGUUAUCUGGUGUGGAGGAGGAGGCGGCAGCAUGGUGGCACCAUGGUUCAGUUCAGUAACAGACUUGUAGGAGCCAUGAAACCACAGUUUGACGACAGAGGCAACGGAGCACUUGAUGGCGGGGAUCGAAACCCGCCCGUUAGAGCGCGAGGAGCACAGCGCCUCCAGGAGGACGAGGUGCCGGACGUCGACUCGGAGAGCUCUGUGGAGAGAGUCCCCGAGGACCUGGCAGGUCGAGUGUGUUACGAGCUUGAACCGCUCGUUCUGUAGUGAUAGUGCUGCAAAUGACAAGGCCUUGUUUGCGUACAGAACACACCUGAUACUUCAUUAGGUACACCUGCAGAAUGUAUUGCCAUCCAGAACUAAAGUUGUGCCUUUUUAGAAGAGGACUUGUACUACAGCAAUAUUAAACCGCUUCUUAAAUGAACACCCCACCUUGGUAAAGGUAGAUUUGUUGCAGUUCUGCACUGCCUUAUCAAUCAAUCAAUCAAUCAAGCAAUCAAAGUUUAUUUAUAUAGCCCUUUAUCACAAGUGUCUCAAAGGGCUGCACAAGCCACAAGGACAUCUUCGGCUCAGAUCCCACAUCAAGGCAAGAAAAAACUCAACCCAAUGGGAUGCCUUAAACUUUUUUUACUUCAGCUUUCACUCCUCUAUACAUCAAGAGUACUCUACUUUUUCUAAGAACCUACAGUACUUCCUCAACACUCGUCAAAGAUCCGUUCUAUCAGGGGUGUCAAACAUAUGGGCCAAAACAGGCCCGGGGAAGAUACCAUACUGGCCCCCAAGUUCAGUUCCAGACUUGGGAGACAAACAUUUUUGCAGCAAAUUUCUAAAAACACAAACACGCUCCUGUUUUAUUGAGGAACUUGGACCACUUUCAACAGAUCCUUGCAUUGACAAUUUAACCUUGCUAGCAAACAUAGAACACUGGGGUCCAAACUUGUGAUUUACAUAAUUGAGGUGUUCCUCCAGGCACACCUUUAAGUCUCUCCUUUUUGGCGGGCAGACAUUUUUUUUGUAAUAUGAUUUAUGUAACAACGGUGGUGUUGUAAUUUGCUUACUUCUGAUGCAGUCAGUAGUCAUUUGUUCAACUUCUUUAGUUACACCUGUGUGGUUCCUCAAGGUUCCAUUUUAGGUCCUCUCUUUUUUAAUCAUUUGGGCUACUCAACUGGUGGUCGCAAGUUUAAAUAAAAUAACUUGUGAGAGUCUCACAUUUUUGCAGCAGAUUCUUUAAAACACUAGAGUGCUGUCCUAGAGAUACAUAGCAGCAGGUCCUUAAAAACAACAGAGCUCUUCGGUACAUCUGACAAAAUAAAUACACCAAAAUCAAAUGUCCACUGUUGAGGACGCUGGUUGUUCAGAAUAUACAAAAUAAGACUAAUAAUUAAGGGACAAUCCCGGUCAUUAGUUUACUAAUAAUGUGGCCCCAAAACAAACAAGUUUAACGUUCCUGCGUAAGGGGGUUCAAUCCGGCCCGCUUAGUCAUUUUUUGAAAGUAAGAAAAAGCAUGUAUGGGUUGAACCUGGUAACUCUGGUUAGGGCAGAGGCAUGUACGGUGGUAAUUAGUGUUGUUGUUAGUAAUACACCUUUAGCUAGUUUAAGGCGUAGCCUGCUUUUUAACGUUUUUUAUGAGGUUUUUUUUUUUUGUUUCUACUCACCUGCACACCCAAAAGUGGUGAACAAAAGUAGUUUUUAAAGAGAAAUGGACCACUUCCUAUUUAUUUACAGAGAUGAAUGUAAACCCGUUGGGACUGGUGUGUAACCAACAUGAGUCUGUGUUCAGGGAAUAUAAUUAAGUAUUUGACAUCACUUGUCAAGGCAAAAAAUACAACAUCUUGCAAGGACAUGCAUAGACAAGAGAAGAUGUAUUAUGUUGUUAUAUUUUUUGUUCCAAAUACCUGUGACUUAAAGUUUUUUGUAUAUGUGAAAAAAGUUGUCUUAAGAAAUCCGUGGUGGUUCAUGAUAUAUUUUGUAGAUGGUUAUGUAAUUGGAUGUGAAGAUUUUCUUUUGUACUAGUACUUAUUUGCACGAAACAAAGAAAACAUAUUGUUAUUUAUAGGUAAUUCUCUUAUAAAGUGUUCCUUGCAUUAAACAAAGAGAGCACAGUCUACCAAGUCAAAUUAUUUGUGUGAUCAAAAAUACUUGGCCAUAAAUCUGAUUCUGAUUGUAGUGGUCCGACCCAGUGGACCUUUAAUUAUGGUUUAUAGUGGCCUGUGAACCAAAAUGAGUUUGACACGAAAUACCAAGUCUAUAUUACAGUACUCUUUUUUUUUUUUUUCUUUUACGGAACCUGCUGCAAAACAUGUUCUUCUAGACCAGUGGUUCUUAACCUUGUUGGAGGUACGAACCCCACCAGUUUCAUAUGCGCCUUCACCGAACCCUUCUUUAGUGAAAAAUAAAAUGGUUUUUUUCAAGUUAAGGACAAAGUUAUGUUUUUUUACUGGUGCACAAAAUGAACCGUGCAUGAACAUCACCUUGUUCAAAGAACAACACGAACACAGUGCUUGAACACACAACAAAUUACACACCUGCAAAUCAGAUGGAAAAUUAGAGGGAAAAUUGUUUGGGGGGUAUCCAUAAUACGCCGAUAGGGAGAAGUUUUUAUUUACACAAUGAGUUGGGUAUGUCUUGACUUCAGCGGUGGAGGCUCCGCCGAACCCCUGAGGCCGACUCACCGAACCCCUAGGGUUCGAUCGAACCCAGGUUAAGAACCACUGUUCUAGACUCUUGAAAAGAACUGUCAGUUAGAUUCUGCAGGUGCACCUAAUAAAUAGUCCAAAUGUUGACAUGCUCUUCAGUGUGUUUGCAAAACAAACCAGAAAGUGGUGUGGAAAUUUUUCAGGAAAUAAAAUGUGUUUUUAAUUGCAAGUGAGAUGCAUUUUCCCAAAGCAGAUAGUUAACAGCACGGUGACUAUAUAUUUACUUUGCUUUGUUUAUUGCUGCAUCAUGUUGUUGUUGCUGUUACAGUUGUACAUGCCAACCAAUAAAUAUGUAUUUCUUUUACAUUGUCACAUUUGUACAUGUUUAUUUUAAAGCACUUCCUCCUGUGUGUGUGUGUGUGUGUGUGUGCGCGCGUGUGUGUGUGUGUGU